AAACAACUUCCGGUCUUUCCUUAAAUGGUUUCCGGUUGCGUUUAUCCGCAAUAAAAGAUCCAUUAUUCUCUGGUUGAGAGAUUCAUAGACAGAUCCAUGGAUUAUAUAUAUAUAUAAAAAUCUAAAUAUUGAGAGUAUUUUACUUGCUUCAAUUUUAGCCUUCUUUUACAGAUGCUGAUAGGAAAGGGGCUCAUUCACAACUGGGCACUCAAAGAUGUACAGACCAGAAAGAAAUAGCAGUCCUUUCUCUCUCCUGGAUAUGGACAUGUGGGACACCAACCUCACAGCUCAGUCUUCAGCUUGGUGUGGUACAGCCACAGUUUCUGGAUCAGGAUUUCUAUCUAAAGUCAACACAAGUUCAUCUGGAGGUGCUGGCAGUUUCAGACAGACUGAUCCAGGCCUAAGGAAGUGGCAAUCUCUGUCCCAUCUGGCUCCAAAUGUUUCUCCACGCUCCUUUUCUCCUUCACCCCAGUCAGAUCUACGCUCAGGGCGAGGGCUGAGUCCCUUCAGGCAGACAGGAGUGAUGCAGUGGCUUCAGGAGGCUCAGGAGAGAAUGGACUCCCACAUGGAUCUGCUCCAGACAGAACACAGACCCAGUACAAAUCUGCUGGACAUCAAACCAAGGGAGAGACAAACUUCUGACACUGAGCUGUUCAAAUUAAAGCAAGCUCUUAGAGUGGCUGAAACAAGAGCAAAAAGACAAGAAGAGGAGUGUGCACAAACAAUACAAAAACUACAGACUGCAGCAGAGACCCAAAAGACACUUCUGAAUCAAACAACAGAGCUGAACCAGAAACUGACGCAGACUCUGCAAAACCAGACUGAACUGCAGGAUCAACUCAGGGAAGCCAAUAACAAGAUAAGCCAAGCAUGUCUGGAAAAAGCAACAUUGUCCACUCAAGUGUUAAAACUAGAGGUCACUGUGCUUGAGCAAAAUACAAAACUUAAAGCAGCACAGCAUGAGAAAGAUGACUUGACUAAGGAGAAGGCCGAUUUGCAGGAAAAGGUGAAUAUUCUGGAGCUGCAGUUGGAGAAAAAUACUAAAAGUACAGAGGGUUCACAGCAGCAAAAUGGACUCGAUCACAUGGAUGAUCAGGAAACUACAAAGCUGAAUCAAGAAAUAGCAGCUUUGAGAAAGAUAAAUGAAGAUCUGUCAAAUGAGCUUGAAGAGAUAAAGCAGACACUCAAUAAAUCCCAGUUUGAAGUUGAAGAGUUGACAGUAGAGAAGAGCUCAAAAUCUCAACAGAUUUUAGAUUUGGAGACAGAAUGCGCCGCACUGAGGAACAAAAUUCAGACCUGUGGACAAGAAAGUCUGGAGGAACUAGAGGAACAAAUAAAACAGCUCAGAGAGUCUUCAAGAUCUUUAACAUUUGAAAAGCAGAGACAACAGGAUCAUUGUUUAUUUUUGGAGACUGCGGUCUUUGAAAAGGAGCAGCAGCUGAAACUACAGGAGGAGAAUUAUCGUAGAAUAGACGCAAGUAGAGUCCAGCACAUCGAGGAACUGAAGGUCAUGGUCUCCCAUUGGACAGACAAAUGGCAGAAAGUGGCUUUGACAUUACAGUCUGCUGAAGCUGAGCUAGAGGAACUGAGGAGGAAAAACAAAAAUGAAUCUGAGUCAUAUGUUAGGCUUGAGCUUAAUGCCUGUAAACAAGAACUGGAGCUGAUGAAAACCAGAAGUCAAGCAUUGCUGAACAAAAAGAACAAAGAUGGAGCUGACUUGGCCCAAACCCAGGACAGAGAGACAAUGACGGAGUCCUGUCUAAAAUCACAAACACCUAAUAUAGACUUUCUGAACCAUCAGAACAAACAGCUGGAAAUAAAAACUACUGUAUGUGAUGAGGUUGAUGAGGACUGUGCGAAUGCUCAAAUCAGUGGGUCACUAAAGGGUCAAUUGAAAGAGAGCGAAAAGACAGAAAUCCAGCUUGAGCAGCAGGCUAAAGAUGAGGAGCCCUCUUCUGAAGAAAGGAGCAAAGUGAAUUUUGACACAGAGCAGCAGCGGAGAUUGGUCAAUGAGCAGUUAAAAAGUUUGUUUAAGGAAAGAGAAGAAAAUGAAAUGAUGUCUGGAGAUAGAUCGGCUCAAGACUGGGUUCAAAUGUCAAGAGGCACAAGUGGUGUGCAUGAUAGGUGGAGCUGGCACCAGGGUACAGGUUUGAUGCCUGUGUUUGAGGAGGAGGAGCCCGGUGAUGACGACCAGGAGAUGUCAACAAUGGCAGAGAGGAUCAGCAAUCAAGAUGCAGUCGUGUUAAGUACUAAUCAAUCAAUGGGGCUUGAUGUGAAGAAAAUCUGUGAGGGCUACACAGAUGUAAGUGAGGUGCAGAUGUCCCUGCCUCUGCUCUGUCCUGAUGGUGUAUUUCAUGUUGAGAUGGUUGAUAUCUGUAGCCCUGAUGAAGAUGAAGUGGAGUAAAUAGACAUGAAUUGCCUGCUUUAAAACCUUAUUUCAUCUACAUUACAACAAAGUGCUACUUAAAUUUAUAACUAACUCUUCACAAAAAACUGCUGCUUCAGGUUGAAAUAUCUAUGAAACACAUUUUAGAAUUGCG